AUGCGGGCAUUAAAAUGGUUGAGGAUAGUGCUGUUGAUCAACUACGCCGCCGGAGAGGGUCUACGGACGGCUCGGCAAGCCGGAUAUACUUACAACAUUCCCACAGUACCAUUUACCUUGCCUGCACCUAAUUACGGCCCACCGGCACCACCUCCUUCACCGCCAAGUUAUCCCUAUUCCACCCCAUUGCCACCAUCUUCUAGGCCGGAUUAUUCUUAUCCCGCACCAGCCCCUGCACAGCCGCGUUACUCAUAUUCUCCACCACCAGCACCUCCUCCGCCUCCUCCACCUCCACCAUCUCCCCCUCGCCCUUCUCCAACACCUACUUAUUUACCACCACCGCCGCAUCCGCCGCCGCCUCCACCACCACGACCACCGCCACCGUCACCUUCACCACCACCACCGCCGCCGCCUACUUAUUUACCGCCAUCGCCGCCGCCUCCACCACCACGACCACCGCCACCGCCACCUCCACCACCACCACCGCCGCCGCCUACUUAUUUACCGCCAUCGCCGCCGCCUCCACCACCACGACCACCGCCACCGCCUACUUAUUUACCGCCAUCGCCGCCGCCUCCACCGCCGCCUCCACCGCCACCGCCACCACCACCACCGCCACCGCCGCCUCCACCACCACCAACGCCUCCAACACCUACUUACUUACCGCCUUCGCCACCGUCACGGCCACCACCUCCGCCUCCUUUGCCUCCACCAGUGUCGCCAAUCUACUUGCCUGUCUCAAUAUCGCCUCCGUCAAUACGAGUUUCUACACCAGCGCCAACUUAUCUACCACCAUAUGGUCAGGAAAUCCAACAACUUUCUCAAGCACCCGUCACUUACGCAUCAAGCACCGCAUCUGCAAUGUCGUCCAAUGCGGUUAAAAUAAUUGGACCAGUCGGACCAACGGUGAAUAAUUACGGAGCAUCUAACGCAGCAUCGUUCGCAAGUUCUUCGGCUUCUAGUCCGACAUAUGACUACUCGACAGCGCGUCCCACGACUAUGGGAUACAAUUAUCCUACGCCAGCUCCUCCCGCCAGCUAUCCUGCCCCAGCUCCUCCACCUGGCUAUCCUGCUCCAGCUCCUCCACCUAGCUAUCCUGCUUCUGCUCCUCCGCCCAGUUAUCCUACGCCAGCUCCUCCACCUAGCUAUCCCGCUCCCGCUCCUCCACCCAGUUAUCCUGCCCCAGCUCCUCCACCCAGUUAUCCUGCACCAACUUCUACUCCGAUUUCAAAGUAUAGCUAUUCUCCCAUCUCUAGACCCAGUUAUUCUGCAUCCGCUCCUCCACGUAGUUAUCACGUAACACCACGCCCUGGUCCACGUUAUCUACCUCCAGUCUCUUAG